AUGACUUGGUUUGAAGCCAGUGGGACAUGGCGCCGGGGCGGGGGGAAGGGAGGGGGAGGGGAGGGAGAGACACGCGUGCGCAGGGGCGCCCGCUCCCGCCUCCUUACCGCUGGAACCGCGAGUCCCCCUUCCCCGGCCGCGGCCGCCUCUCCAGGACCCGCGGCGGCUGUGGCAGCCGCAGUACGGCCCCGCGCGGCAACAAGAGGACGAAGGCGCUGGCCCCGGGCGGCUCCGCGGCCGACAAGGCUCCUCUCGCGGCGGCUGGCGGGCAGCGGGGGCAGCGGCGCCGGGCCAGGCCGGUGUGCGCCCUCGGCGGCCCCUCCCCUUCGGAGGAAGCGGCACGGGGAGCGGCGGCGGCGGCGGAGCAGGAGGACGAUGAGGAGAAGGGAGGAGGAGGAGGACAAGCAGGCAGCAGAGAUGGCGGCGAAAGCGGCGGCGGCGGCACGGACCCUCCCUGACGGCGGGGGGAGAGGCGGGGCCCGAACCGGAAGUGAGGCGGAGGGAGCUCUAACCCUGUUUGGCUGAGCUGCAGCGGGGGCAUGUGGACAACGACACGCUUCCCUGUUGGGCCUGACCUGGCCGGGUCCCAGCGCACGUUCCGGUGGACAGAGUCCCGGGCUCUUUCAGUCCCCUUCCCUUGCUUGUUUCAAUA